AUGCGUGAGCGCCUUGGCAGGGCGACAACAAACCUCACAGGAAGCAUACGAAAAGCCACUCAGGCCUGGCGGCUGCUGCUCCUCCGCCGCUCAGGCCUGUCCCGGCUGCGCUUCCCAUCAUCCCUCCUGUGCCGAUGCUUGUGGCUCUUCUCCUUCUUGGAGUGCUCCUUCCUGCAGCAUGUGUUGCGGGAGGUGGGGGUGCCACGGUGA